AACCUCUACAUUAACACAUCUGUGCCCAGAGCUGCCAGUCAUGAAGGAGCUGAAGAGCAAGGCGUUCUGGAGGGCCGUUUUGGCUGAGUUGGUGGGAAUGACCCUCUUCAUCUUCCUCAGCAUUACAGCUGCAGUUGGAAACCCCAACAAUAACAAUCCAGAUCAGGAGGUCAAGGUGGCUCUCGCGUUCGGCUUGUCCAUCGCCACUCUUGCUCAGAGCCUGGGUCACAUCAGUGGAGCCCAUCUAAAUCCAGCUGUGACGCUGGGCUUGCUGGCCAGCUGCCAGAUCAGCUUGCUGAAGGCUGUCAUGUACAUCAUCGCCCAGAUGCUUGGUGCAACGCUGGCGAGCGGCAUCAUGGUUGGCAUCACCGGUAGUGAAGCCCUGGGGCUAAAUUCGAUUAGCGAUAAAAUUUCUCCCGGUAAAGGUGUAGGUAUUGAACUCUUCGCUACCUUCCAGCUAGUGCUGUGUGUCAUAGCAACCACAGACAAAAGGAGGCGGGACGUGACAGGCUCCGCCCCCCUGGCCAUCGGCCUCAGCGUUUGCUUGGGCCAUCUGACAGCCAUCAGUUUCACUGGAUGUGGGAUCAAUCCGGCUCGAUCCUUCGGCCCUGCAGUGAUUCUUCAAAAUUUUACCGACCACUGGGUCUAUUGGGUAGGUCCUAUGUGUGGAGGUGUGGCAGCUGCGCUGGUCUAUGACUUCCUGCUCUUCCCUAAACUGGACGACUUCCCCAACCGCGUGAGGGUGCUGAUGUCCGGCCCGGACACAGACUACGAAUUCAAUGGUACUGAUGUUCCCCGUGCUGUCGAGAUGUCAGCAAAGUGAUAUGAUACUCUGAGUAUUUAGUGUAUGAUAUUCAUCAAGACCACAAAACAUCUGUAAAUAUACCUGUUUAUCCAUCAGAGAAAGCAUUCAUUUUAAUUGACUAUAUGACGUGUGGAAUCGCAAGUGUAAAACUGUCUUUGUAGCUGUACAAAGGGACAUUUGGCAUUUUGUAUUGACUGAUUAGAGUUUUGUAUUAUUGUUUGUACUCUUAUUUAGCGAAUCAGUAUUUACCUCAGGAAAGUUAUACAGUUUUCUCUGUUUUUCCCUUAAACACUUUUUUCACUUUGUAUUGUGUUGUGUCCAGUAUGAUAUUGUUUUUUUUU